AUGGUAGUUGCUUCUCAAUCAAUCAUUGCAGAUACUUCUCAGGAAAAAAUUCUCAUAGUAGAUUCGAAAGUGAUGCAUGAUAUAAAAUCUGUUAACAGAAAUAUAGAGAUAAAAAGAUCAGGAAAAGAAAAUUCUUCUAAUAGCUUAUCAGGAGUAUCCCAAAGGGAUCACAUCUUACUGACCAAGAAUAGUGGGAAUGUUCAGGCUUUCUCGAGUAUAGUAACUGAAUUCGUACAAGAUUUGUUGGAAGAGCUACUCUCAUUUGAUGAUCCACUCCAGACUAUAAAGUUUUCUUCUUCCAAAAUUAUAAGAUUACAUUAUAGUUGUUUAUUCUCUGAAAGGUUCGAAGAUAAAGUUGUAGUGCUUAAGUCUAACGAUAAGAAACUUACAGAUCAGAUUGCAAGAAAGCAGAUCUAUAAUGAAAUGAAACUAUAUCUCGCAGAUGUUUCAAUUGGAUAUUUACCAGUAAUGACCUAUAAAGCGAGAAAAAUCAAUAGGUUAUUUGAGUAUAAAUAUGAUCCUAUAACUCUGAAAAAGAUUAAAGAACAGGUCAAAUCAAAAACAACCACUAGUCCUGUAAAUGAAAUCUCUGAGACAGUGGCUAUUAAUUCAGUUCAUGACUCAGAUGAUAAUUUUAGUAUUACGUCUAAUAUUACAGAUUAUUUUAAGGAAGAAGAAGAAGGAGGAGCGAAUGAUUCGAUUGAAAAGAGUUCUAAAUGUCUGAAAUAA